CCACCGUACUCCCAGCAGCCUCCGUAUCCCCUGCGGUCGGGCCGAGCGGCAGAAGAUGUUUGCCUCUGUGUAGCGGAGUCCGGGAAUGGUUCGACAUGUCUCUGAACGGAGGAGGAUGCAGAGGCUUCUACUUCAACACCGUGCUGUCUCUGGCUCGGUCGCUCGCGGCUCACCAGCACGCUCCGUUAGACAAGGUGCAGAAGCUGCACUGCAUGUGCCCUGUGGACUUCAGAGGCGUCUUCCAGCUUGAUGAGAGGAGGCGGGACGCCGUGACGGCUCUUGGGAUUUUCCUGGUAGAGUCCAACCUGCAGCACAAAGACGUCAUCGUCCCCUACCUUCUUGGGCUGCUCAGAGGGCUUCCCAAGGUUCAGUGGAUCGAGGAGAGCUCGGAGCGCAAAGGGCGGGACACUCUUCCGGUUGCAGAAAACUUCAGCUUUUGUCUUGUGACGCUGCUCUCAGAUGUUGCUCAGAGAGAUGAGAACUUCAGAGGACAGAUCCUGGAGGCGCUCAUGGACAUCAUGCAGGUUCUCCAAGAUAUCUGCAAAGAUCCAGAUGCUCACGAUAAAGGCUACCUGUGCAGGUACACUGUGCCCAGCCUGCUCGGUGUGGCCAGGGCGUUUGGGCGAUACAGUAACACGGACGAGCCGCUGCUGUCCAAGCUGUUCCCCCGACCCGCUGCUCCGUCUCUCUCUGCGGGUGACUGCGGGGACGCGGCCAGACGGCGCUCUUUCAACGACUUCCGCUCCAUCCUGCCGAGCUCUCUGCUCACGGUGUGUCAGGGAGACUCCAUGAAACGUAAAACCUCCUCCGUGUCCAGCGUUUCACAACAGGCAAGUCCAGAGAGAACGGGACUGACACCCAGCUCUCCUGCCGAUCCAUCUGCGCAGUACUUUGAAGGCUCCUAUCUCCCUGAUGGCAGCGCCGUGGACCCCGAUUAUUACUUCUCCACCAUCAGCUCCAGCUUCUCUGUCUCUCCUCUUUUCACUGGGAGCAGCUCUGGAGAGUUCCAGGUCCCUCUGGAGAUGCUCAGACAGCUCCUUCACAUGGUUGAGCAAUUUGUUUCCGAGUCGUUUUUGAAGUCACUGGAUGGCAACUUGGCUGAAUACCAUGAGAGCAAUCCAGAAAUUCAUCUUUACUACAAGACGUUCAGUGAUCCGUUAUAUGUGGCCAUAUUUAAAAUGCUGAGAGACACGCUGUACAACCUGAAAGACCUUCAGACGGAUUAUGUGAAGGAGGUUCACGACUUUGUCCUGGAGCAGUUCAGCAGCAGCCAGUCAGAGCUGCAGAGGAUUCUCCAUGACGUGGAGUACCUCCAGAGCGAACUGAGCCCGCUCAAACUGCGUUGCCAGGCCAACGCUGCCUGUGUUGACCUCAUGGUUUGGGCUGUCACAGAGGAACAGGGAGCUGAGAACCUUUGCACCAAACUGUCAGAGAAGCUGCAGUCAAAGACUUCUAGUAAAGUCAUCAUCGCCCACAUGCCCCUCCUCAUUUGCUGCUUACAGGGUUUGGGUCGUCUGUGCGAGCGCUUUCCUGUCGUGGCGCACUCUGUUACCACGUCUCUCAGAGACUUUCUGGUGGUGCCCUCUCCUGUUCUGGUGAAGCUCUACAAAUAUCACAGCCAGUGCGCUCCAGGAGGAAGUGACAUCAAGAUCCAUGUGACCAAUGAACAUUCUCAGUCAACCAUCAGCACCAAUGCAAGCAAGAAGAGCCAGCCCUCCAUGUACGAACAGCUGCGGGACAUCUCCAUCGAUAACAUAUGCAGGUGCCUGAAAGCUGGCCUCACGAUGGAUAACGUCAUUGUGGAGGCUUUCCUUGCCAGUCUGUCCAACCGUCUUUACAUCUACCAGGAAAAUGACAAGGAUGCUCACCUGAUCCCAGACCACACCAUCAGAGCUUUGGGCCACAUCGCUGUGGCGCUGCGCGACACGCCCAGGGUGAUGGAGCCCAUCCUGCAGAUCCUGCAGCAGAAGUUCUGCCAGCCGCCUUCGCAGCUCGACGUCCUCAUCAUAGAUCAGCUGGGCUGCAUGGUGAUCACAGGCAAUCAAUACAUCUACCAGGAAGUGUGGAAUUUGUUCCAGCAGAUCAGUGUCAAAGCGAGCUCCAUGGUUUACUCCACCAAAGACUACAAAGACCACGGUUACAGACACUGCUCUCUGGCCGUUAUAAACGCUCUGGGUAACAUAGCAGCCAACAUGCAGGCCGAGCAGAUGGUGGACGAGCUGCUGGUCAACCUGCUGGAGCUUUUUGUGCAGCUGGGCUUAGAGGGGAAGAGAGCCAGUGAGCGGGCCUCGGACAAAGGCCCGGCCCUGAAGGCCUCUAGCAGUGCUGGAAACCUUGGCGUCCUCAUUCCAGUUAUAGCUGUGCUGACGAAGAGGUUGCCACCAAUUAAGGAGGCAAAGCCGCGUCUGCAGAAGUUGUUCAGAGAUUUCUGGCUCUACUCUGUCGUCAUGGGAUUCGCAGUGGAGGGCUCAGGCCUGUGGCCGGAGGAGUGGUACGAAGGGGUUUGUGAAAUCGCGACCAAAUCGCCGCUGUUGACGUUUCCCAGCGGGGAGCCUUUACGCUCCGAGCUUCAGUAUAACUCUGCGCUGAAGAACGACACCGUCACUCCAGCGGAGCUGAAUGACCUGCGCAGCACCAUUAUCAACCUGCUGGACCCGCCUCCAGAGGUGGCCGCCCUCAUCAACAAGCUGGACUUUGCAAUGUCCACAUACCUGCUGUCUGUCUACAGACUGGAGUACAUGAGGAUGCUGCACUCUCUGGACUCGGACCGAUUCCAGGUCAUGUUUCGUUACUUUGAAGACCGAGCGAUACAGAAGGAUAAAUCUGGUAUGAUGCAGUGCGUGAUCGCUGUCAGCGACAAGGUGUUUGAGGUUUUUCUUCAAAUGAUGGCUGAAAAACCUAAAACCAAAGCUCACGAGGAGGAGCUGGAACGCCACGCCCAGUUUCUCUUGGUCAACUUCAACCACAUCCACAAGCGGAUCCGCAGAGUAGCCGACAAAUAUCUGUCUGGUCUGGCUGAAACCUUCCCCCACCUGCUUUGGAGCGGCCGGGUGCUGAAGACCAUGUUGGACAUUCUGCAGACUCUCUCCCUGUCCCUUAGUGCAGACAUUCAUAAAGAUCAGCCGUAUUAUGACAUCCCUGACACUCCGUACAGAAUCACUGCUCCGGACACAUACGAAGCCAGGGAGAGCAUUGUCAAAGAUUUUGCUGCACGAUGUGGAGAAAUCCUUAAGGAGGCCAUGAAGUGGGCUCCGUCUGUAACGAAGUCCCACCUGCAGGAGUACCUGAACAAACAUCAGAACUGGGUCUCGGGUCUAUCCCAGCACACGGGUUUGGCCAUGGCCACUGAAAGCAUCCUGCACUUUGCUGGCUACAACAGACAGAGUACCACUCUGGGGUCCACCCAGCUGACUGAGAGGCCAGCAUGUGUGAAGAAGGAUUACUCCAAUUUCAUGGCGUCCCUGAACCUACGGAACAGAUACGCUGGAGAGGUUGCAGGAAUGAUCCACUUUGCGCAGGCAGUCAGGGGCCAGUCGGAUCUGACCCGGAUCAUGAUCAAACAGAUGGAGGAGGCUCUGGACUCUGCUCAGCCCGAAGCCUUCACUGAGGCCAUGUUCAAGCUGGCUGCGUUGCUCAUCAGCAGCAAAGAAUGCGACCCUCAGCUCCUGCAUCACCUCUGCUGGUCGCCCCUCAAGAUGUUCACGGAGCACGGCAUGGAAACAGCCAUUGCAUGCUGGGAGUGGCUGCUGGCGGCGCGUACGGGGGUGGAAGUACCGUUUAUGCGGGAGAUGGCAGGAGCUUGGCAGAUGACGGUGGAGCUGAAGAUGGGCCUGUUCUCCAACGCGCAGGUGGAGGCUGAUCCUCUUGCCGCGUCAGAGGAAAGUCAGCCUGUGCCCUGCCCUCCAGAUGUCACCCCUCACCACAUCUGGAUCCAGUUUCUUGUCCAGAGGUUUGAAAUAGCCAAAUAUUCCAGCGCGGAUCAGGUGGAGAUCUUUGGCAGCUUGCUGCAGCGCUCCCUGUCCUUGGGCGUCGGCGGAUCUAACAGCGGCUUGAACCGCCACGUUGCUGCCAUCGGACCCCGUUUCAGGCUGCUGACUUUAGGUCUGGCUCUGCUGCACUCUGACGUUCUCACCAACUCAACUGUGAGAAACGUCAUCAGAGAGAAGAUCUACUCUACAGCCUUCGAUUACUUCAGCGUCUCUCCGAAGUUUCCCACCCAAGCCGACAAGCGUCUCCGCGAGGACAUCUGCAUCAUAAUCCGCUUCUAUGCCAGCAUCCUGUCGGAUAAGAAGUACCUGGCAGCGUACCAGCUGGUCCCACCCGGUGAGCUUGGUACUACCUCAGCCCCGAGCACUCUCUCUGCUGGGAUAUUCGGAUCGCUAAUCGUGUCCAGCACUACUCCGAUAUCGAUCUUAAAUAAUCAGGACCCGUCCUUGAACAGCCUGUCGGUGAUGAACGCUGCCGACAUGAGGAGCAACAUGGACUCCAGCUCCCGAUCCCAGCAGAGCGCCCAGGGGUGGAUCAACACCUACCCUCUGUCCAGUGGGAUGUCCACCACAUCCAAGAAGUCAGGCACGUCUAAAAAGAGCAACAGAGGAACUCAGCUUCACAAGUACUACAUGAAACGCCGCACUCUGUUGCUGGCGCUGCUGGCCAGUGAGAUUGAGCGUCUGACAACGUGGUACAACCCGCUCUCCACUCAGGAGCUGGCCAUCGCCACUGAGCAGUCGGUGGAGACCAGCAUCGCCAACUGGAGGUCCAAGUACAUCAGCCUGACUGAGAAACAGUGGAAGGACAACGUCAAUCUGGCCUGGAGCAUCGCACCUUACCUGGCUAUGCAACUACCUACAAGGUUCAAAAACGAUGCCAUUGUAGCCGAAGUGACCCGGCUGGUGAGGUUGGACCCUGGAGCGGUGAGCGACGUGCCCGAGGCUGUCAAGUUCCUCGUGACGUGGCACACCAUCGACGCCGACUCCCCUGAGCUGAGCCACAUCUUGUGUUGGGCUCCGGCUGACCCGCCCACGGGUCUGUCCUACUUCAGCAGCAUGUACCCUCCUCAUCCUCUCACUGCACAGUAUGGAGUUAAAGUGCUGCGCUCCUUUCCUCCAGAUGCCAUCUUGUUCUACAUUCCUCAGAUUGUGCAAGCGCUUCGUUAUGAUAAGAUGGGUUACGUGAGGGAGUACAUCCUGUGGGCGGCGCAGAAGUCUCAGCUUCUGGCCCAUCAGUUCAUCUGGAACAUGAAGACCAACAUCUUCAUGGACGAGGAGGGACACCAGAAAGAUCCUGACAUCGGGGAGCUGCUGGAGCAGAUGGUGGAGGAGAUCAUGGGUUCUCUGUCCGGUCCGGCCAAAGACUUCUACCAAAGAGAGUUUGACUUCUUUAAUAAGAUCACCAAUGUGUCCGCCAUCAUCAAGCCGGUUCCGAAGGGGGAGGAGAGAAAACGAGCUUGUCUCAAAGCGCUGUCGGACAUCAAAGUGCAGCCAGGUUGUUACCUACCUAGUAAUCCAGAAGCCAUAGUGCUGGACAUCGACUACAAGUCUGGAACCCCCAUGCAGAGCGCUGCCAAGGCUCCCUAUCUGGCCAAGUUUAAGGUGAAGCGCUGCGGGGUGAGUGAACUGGAGAGGGAGGGUCUUCGCUGUCCGUCCGACUCUGUGGAAGACGGAGAGGAAAAUUCAGACGGAUCGCGCAGGGUUUGUUGGCAGGCGGCCAUCUUUAAAGUGGGAGACGACUGCAGACAGGACAUGUUGGCUCUGCAGAUUAUUGGGCUGUUUAAGAACAUCUUCCAGCUGGUGGGUCUGGACCUGUUUGUCUUUCCCUACAGAGUGGUUGCCACGGCGCCUGGGUGCGGUGUAAUUGAAUGCAUCCCAGACUGCAAAUCCAGGGACCAGCUCGGUCGCCAGACAGACUUUGGGAUGUACGAUUAUUUCCGUAAUCAGUACGGCGAUGAAUCCACCCUGGCCUUCCAGAAGGCUCGGUACAACUUCAUCCGCAGCAUGGCCGCCUACAGCCUCCUGUUGUUCCUGCUGCAGAUCAAAGACAGACACAACGGCAACAUCAUGUUGGACAGCAAGGGCCACCUCAUCCACAUUGAUUUCGGCUUUAUGUUUGAGAGCUCCCCAGGCGGUAACCUGGGCUGGGAGCCAGAUAUCAAGCUGACUGACGAGAUGGUGAUGAUCAUGGGAGGAAAAAUGGAGGCUACGCCCUUCAAAUGGUUCAUGGAGAUGUGUGUCAGAGGGUAUCUGGCUGUGCGGCCUUACAUGGAUGCAGUGGUUUCCCUCGUGACUCUCAUGCUGGAUACAGGGCUGCCAUGUUUCAGAGGACAAACCAUCAAACUUCUUAAGGGACGUUUUAAUCCGCAGAUGAGUGAGAAAGAAGCAGCAGCAUUCAUGAUAAAAGUCAUCCAGAGUUGUUUCCUCAGUAGCAGGAGCAAAACAUACGACAUGCUGCAGUACUACCAGAACCAGAUUCCUUACUGAGGGGCCGUCCAGCAGAACUCCGCUCCCACUGACUGAAUCCACAGCAGCAUCUGUAGGACAAUUGUUUCCGAGGACCUGACCAGACAGCAGUUGGGCACUUUAACCCUCCAGUUUUACUCUGCACACUAUGAUUUUAUAAUAUUAAUGUCCAUGUAUGUUUUAGAGAAUUUCUUGACAGGGAUCUGUCAAGAAAUCACCCUUUACUGAAUUACCCUUUAACUUUUGUGUUGAUGCUGUUUUUUGUUAGUUUACCAGCAAACACUAAAGAUUUCCACUUGGAGAAGGAGGUCAAAAAGGUCAAAAAGGGACUCGGUUUCUGCUCGUCAAAGCAGGAACUUCACUGUUGUCAUGUUGUUGCUGUGCUAUUACCCACUUUAAUGCACUUUAUAGAUCAGCAAUAGAUCAGCAUAUUCUUAGAGAUGAAAACAAUCCAGAUAGUAUUGUAGAUUUAGAAGAACAUGAAUAAAAAUUGUUAUAUACAUAAAGUAUAUAUAUAUCAUUACAAGAGUCAGUCCACAUUUAUUCUAACAGUAGUCUGUUGUCAGUUAAAGAUAUAAAGACAAUAAGCUGUGAUUUUACAGUAGUGUGUACUGUAGAAUAUAUACUGUAGAGUCACAGUUAGAACACAGGCAGCUUUUUCAGUCGUAGUUACAUGUUAACAUUUACGUUCACCAGGGUUUUAAGGAGCUUGCGAAUUUCGUCCUCGUGUCGCACGUUUUGAUGUCAGUGUUGAUGGACGCGCAUUUCAAAAAGGCAGUUGUCCACUACAGGAACUUACCAACCCAUAACUUAUAGGGCUCUUCCGCUACUUCCACUUUCCAAAGUGUUUUCAGCCCAGAUGUUGUAGAUUUGGUUGAUGCAGUUUUUUAGGUAUGAAAUGUCUGCAGAGUAUUGCCAUUAAGAAAAACAGUGACACUAAAACACUCAACAGUGAAUUGCUUUACCUUUCUAUGUGAGGCACUUCACGUUAUCAAUAUUAACGCAAAUUCUCAAAAAUUGAGUAUUAGAGAUGCACCGAUCAGGCUUUUCCUGGCCAAUAUCGAUUCCAAUUAUGGCUGUUUUCUUUUUUGUUGUUUAUGUUUGGAGCUGGAAAAUGGCAGGGAAAUGUGCCGACAGUGUUUGGACUGAGGUAGUAUUAAACCCAACAGAAAUUGCAAUGUUGUUGCAACUUUGUGAGUAAACUCAAAACAAAGUGCUUUAAAGUAGAUCCCUUUAUUGAAUUUGGGGAAAAAAGGUUUUAUUAUUAUUUGACCAUUUUGAUCCAAUUCUGGUCGCUGACCAAUUGAGUGGUGCAUCUCUGUGAAACCUAAACUUAUAAUUUUAGCAUUAGUUCCACUAAGAAGUUAUAUUUCAGGAAUAUAUUUAUCAGAGCACAGGUCACAGUGGUUUUCAUUUGUUUCAUCAGAAACGUGGCACUUUGCAUCAAGUGUACUUUACAGCAUUAUAAAUCUGAGGUCACUAGUGAAAUGUCAGAAGAAAUGGAUGAAAUAGUCACACUGAGUGAGUGGACUUUGACGACAGGAGCAAUACUCUGGGCUAGAGCUUUUUUUUACUUCAAGACUACUAUCAAAAGGCAUUGCUAACAGGUAAAAUAAUAAUAAUGUUCCAGCAACAGUUCAGAGUUUCUUCAACUAAACAUUUUUUCCAUCUUUUCUACCUGAAGCAAAAACAAUGAUGUUUAAAAGUUAUGAAGUUUUUAAGUUGGAAGUUGGAAAAAUGGACAAGUUUUCUAAUAUAAACCAUCUCAGACGAGGAAAAACUCAGUCACAUUUGUUUUACAUACUUGGAAAAAUCAGUAAUAUGAAAGUACUCUGAUGCAGUCAUUACAUUGUUUUUAUUAGAUAAGAAGCAGGUGGCACUGCCUAAUAGAAACAAGCAACAGGAAUUGUCAGAAUAAAAAAUGAAAAAGAUUCAAGCUUAUUUCAAACAUGUUUGACAUGUUUUUAAAUAACUACAUGCAAUGAGUCCCUUUGGUUUUAGCCUGAUAAAGAUAUGGCAAAUAAAAACUGAAGUUUGGAAUGAUUGGGAAGAAAUAUUGAUGGAUUUACAGAUGCUUCUCUUACAGUAUUCAACAUGACAAAUAUAGCAAAUGUUUAAAGUUUUUUUAAACGCAUAUUGUUACGAGUUUAUGCCGUUACAAAGUCAUUGACAAUCUCCUGCUUUACUAUGGAACAACUCUCUCUAAAGGGCAUAAAAGAGCUGCAAAUAUACCACAUACGCUAAAUCAGGAUGUCCAAACACAUUUCCUAAAAGCAAUCAUGUUCCAUUAGCUGUCAUGUUAAAGUUGUUUUUCUUCCGUCUACAGACAAAUACUGGCCUCGCAUUAAAAAUACAACUGCAAGGUGGAGAACUGAUGAAAAAGCACAAGUUCUAAUUGUGGAAAGAAUGAACGUUUUUGCAACUUUUGUUUCUUUCAGGUUUACCCUCUUAAAUUUCGGAUUUUCUAAUGUUAUAUUCUCUUGGAUUUGUUUUUCAGUGACCCCUUAAUUGUAAAUGUCUUUUUUUUUUUGUGCUCCUUUUCCCUUACUGACUCAGCUUUUCAGGGUCUGUCUUUACAUUUAUUUCCUGUCCAGUGAAGUUUGUCAGAAUCAGUGCUUGCUGUUUUAAAACAUUCCUCAUAUUAUUAUGUGUCUUUACAUUUAAAUGAAGCCUCUUGAAGACAGAGCUCAAGAUGAUAUUACCCGAUACAAGCCAUUUAUCCUACCGUCGGUAGAAAAAGCUGUAGUAACACUUGAGAAGAAAAAGACUUUAUGCAAUAUAUUUCUGUGUACUGACGCUUCGUCUGAGUGCUGUAUCGUAUCGCCCUGUGUUACAUUGCCAGGUGUGGGUGUGUGUGUGUGUGUGUGUCUACUUCUGCAGCUGUCUUUCUGCUGUUGUGUUUGCAAAUUGACCUGAAGUGUUCACCUCUGCUGUGAUCAGAGAGAUGUUUUUGAAAUCUAAAGGAGACUCAUCAUGUCUACUGUUUUGGUGUGUGUGUGUCUGUAAAGGUGUCUUCAUGAGGACCAACAGUUUUAGGGUGUUUUGGGGGACAAUGUUUAAGGUGUCUUACUCAGAUCAGGGUCAGCUUGACAGAUUUUGGACUGAUUUGUGUUUUUUCGCACUCCAAAACAUGUUAUUGACCUCUAGAUCAUUCUGGUGGCGUUAUCCACAUCUACAUGCCACACAAAAAGAUGCAAUAAGAUUCACAGCUUUAAGGUAUUAUGCCAGAAAGGCAUUAAUAAAUGUCCUUAUAAAGAUUUCUGCGUAGACAUCAGUGUGCGUUUGUUUUGCUUGGUUUAUUUAUGUAUCAUUGCACCUUUUAGAUUGUCUGCUUUCUGAAACUGUAGUUAUUUCUGCAAUAAAUGUGAACAUUUUCACUGCA